AAAAAUGGAAUGAUGAUUGCUGAUUAAUAGUCUAUCGUAAAAUAUUUUUAAAUUGGAGGAAUUUUGCAUCUGAAUUUAAUACUCUAUUUAUUUAUAAUAAUUAUAUCAAUGCACAAAACCAUAUUUCAUAAAAUUAGUUUUAAGAAAUCACACAGAGUGGCGCCCUUUGUCAGUAGCCUUUGCUUUAGCAUUGGUAACGACGACGCAUAAAUACAAAGCUCUCGUAUCGUAUGUGUUUUAUAAGAACACCUCAUGAUAUAGACGUUCCAGAUCUGUAUAAACAACUGAAAAUUAUGACAUUCAUUCUGAAAAGUUGUGUAGUGAUUAUAAUUUCAAUCAUUAUCCAGAGUCUAGCAGAAAUUAUAUUUCUAGAAUCCCCCAAAAUUCAACCAUUUUAUUUUCAAUCGGUAAUACAAACUGGAGGGAAAACAACAGUAACUUGUGCUGUUGAAAGAGGAGAUUUUCCUUUAGAAUUUUCUUGGCGUAAAGACGGAAAAGAUAUUGAUAAAGUAGAGAAUAUUAAAAUUAGUUCUCAUAAAGAAUUUUCUGUAAUUAUAAUUGAUCCAGUUCUGUCAGAAAGUGGAGGUAAUUAUACAUGUAAUGUGAAGAAUUAUCAAGGCAGUGAUAGUUACACUGCAUUAUUAACAAUCGAAGGUAAUCGAAGGAACUUUACUAUGUAAUUCAAGUAAGUUUUGAAAUUUUUAUAACUAUAUUUUAAAAUUUAUAAUUAUUUU